AUGGCUAAACACGCCAAAGCGACGACGACGACGGCAACAAAACAAACACGGCGACGCCACUCCCGUUCACAUCGUGCAGGUCUCCAAUUCCCCGUCGCUCGAUUCCACCGGCAGCUGCAGCGAGGCAACUUCGGUUGCCGGCGAAUCGGUGCCGGAGCCUCCGUCUACCUGACAGCCGUACUGGAAUUUCUCGCCCGCGAGCUGGUCGAUAUCGCCAGAAUAAGACGCGAUGAGUUGGGCGAUUCCGGACCGAUCGUGCCCCGACACCUGCUGCUAGCGAUCCGGCUCGAUGACGAGCUGAACCGGUUGCUCGCGAGCGUGACACUGCCGCAGAGCGGCAUCCACCCACGCUGGCUGUGCGGUUACGGGCUGCUGACGGUCCGGAUGGACACGCUGCCGAUCGGGAUGUGCUACUGGCCGCCACCCAGGGGCUGGCGGAAAUCCGUCGCAUCCGCGCAGGAAUGUUAG